CCUCGCAGAACAACAGCCCGGCGACGACGCCAUGCGUUGGAAGUGCGCGCAGACUCGAGCUGGGCAGAGAAUCUAGACUUGCAUCAAUCCAAACAACGUUGGCUGAAAAUGGCGUGUCUAGCGUCGCCGCAAUCAACCAAGUGACCAACUUCGUGAUCAAUUGUUCAACGACUUACACGCCCCCUGGCUGUGCUAGCUUUCCCUUCUCGCCACCUCCUCGCACGCAAUCUCAACGCGCAGCACCGCCAGCCCGCUAUGGAGUCUACCCUCAAGUGCAACGCGCCGGCAUGCAGAAUCGACCUUGAGGGCAGAGCCCUUGUCACCAGCUGCCUCCAUGUCUUUUGCCUGGGCUGCGCCCAAGGCUGCGGCCUGUGGACACAAGAAAACCAGCAUAUUGGGCCAUGCCCAGCUUGUCGGGCUACUCCGGAACUUGUCAGCGUCGUCAACCUCAAGCCGACCGACGACGACAAGGCCAUCCUUCUCAGAGGCCUGAGCCCAGCUGCCAUGAUUGACUGCGUCACAUCGGCCCUCUACUUCUGGGAGUACCAGAUGGCGCAGGAAACGUUCGGCAUAGUCAUGUCCCGCCCAGUUGUCUGUAGAGAUCCGUCACUAAGUUUUAGCCCAGAGCCUACCAUCGCUACAUGUCGGAACGCUUGUAUGACAGGUGCACGGAGUCCAGAGACGAGCUGGAGGAGGUUACGAGGGAAAAGGACCGAGAAAUACAAAGGCUUUUCGAGAGCCUCAAAGCCAUGACAGCGGAACGAGACAGCGUGCGGCAAAAGAGCGAAGGGCUAGCGACCAUGCUCAAGGAGAAAACCAAGAAGCUUAUGCAGUCGCAAGAGCUCUAUGCUGGACUCAAACGAAGGGCAAGGCUCGACCAGCUUCAUGACGCUGCUAGCGAGGCUGCGGACUUGGGUCUCGACCGCGCUGCUGUCACCGGCCCGGCUCCGCUGGCAAGCCGCACGUUGUCUGCCUUUUACCCCAAGCAGACAGAGCCAGGCUACCACAAUGCUGGACGCCGCGAGAACAGAUCACACCCGUCCAUGCACCCGGGCCUUUGCAAAGUUUCGCCCCGGCACCUCGGUGUCCCUCAGUUCAGUGACCAACCGCCCAGGCGCACUCAAGGACUUGCCGCGACCCCUAUGGACCGCACUACUAUGAAUGACAGGUCUGGUAUCGGAUUUUCUGCUGUGCCAGCUUUCACGGGCAGUAGCUCCCAGCUUCACAAUAGUGGGCAACGGUUCGAUGAUUCCCGCGGCUUUACCCAUCAUGCUCCCUCCGGAAUCGGCGCCGGCUACGGACUCAACAACCAGAGGCCCGGAGGCCAGGUAAGGGGAAGUAUCGCAGUCUCAAAUCUAGGGCCCAGGCCACCUGUCUUUGCUCCAUAAUCGCUCGAUAUAGACCACGGUGAAGGUUCGGAGUGUGAAGGGCACCGGACCUGACAUCGCAGUGGGAAAGGAUUGCCAAGUUACCACAUACAAGACCUCGCAGUUGAUGAGGAUUCUCCAGUCGCUACACGAACAAUUUCAGAUUAUUCGCUCUACCUGCCGAUCUCAUGGUGGAUAAGGAAUAAGCUAGCUCAAUUUCAUUAGCUAUCCCAUUAGCUAUCUCAAUGCCAUUAGCUUGCUC